CUUUGUGUUUUUGGGACUGUGUGGGUGAGGGAGAGGGAGAGGGAGAGUAAAAGAGGGUUUGGGUUCUAUCUCUGGGUUUUCAGAAUCAUAAAUUUCUAUUUAUGGGAAUUUCAGAUUCUGAGAUCUUUGAAUUUUGAUCUGUUUUACAACGUUUUUUCAGUUUCUUUUUAUUUUUCUCCCAUCUGUAAUCAUCGCUUAUUUGAUUUCAAAGAUGAUCACUGAGAAAACAUUUUCUUUUCCUUCCUCUCCCACUUUUUUUCUCGAGAAAAUUUGAGUUCUUUUCCUCUCUCUCUGCAGAUCUAAGCUAUGUGAGAGAAUUUCUGUUUAUACCCACUUCAGAUCUGGUCUCUUUCAUGUAGAUCUCAGCUUAUUUGCAGCAAGAUCUACGUAAAUCCCUCCAUUUUUCCCGGGAAGUUGUUUUUAUUUUUAUUUUUAUUUUUUUUCCUGGAAAGUUGUAAUUUUUUUAUUUCAGGAAAAUUCUGGGUUUAGGAUUGGAUGCUAAACAAGGAUGAAUUAUUUUCCGGACGAGGUUUUAGAGCACGUGUUCGAUUUCGUAACGUCGCACAGGGACCGCAACGCGGUGUCUCUGGUGUGCAAAUUGUGGUACAGAGUAGAGAAAUUCAGUAGAGAGAGAGUGUUCGUAGGAAACUGCUAUGCAAUCAGUCCCGAGAGUGUGAUCACGAGGUUUCCGGGGCUCAAGUCGCUGACUUUGAAGGGGAAGCCUCAUUUCGCGGACUUCAACCUGGUGCCGCAUGAUUGGGGAGGCUAUGUACAGCCUUGGAUCGAAGCCUUUGCGAAGAGUCGGAUUGGGUUGGAGGAGCUUAGGCUGAAGAGGAUGGUGGUUUCGGAUGAGAGCCUCGAGCUUCUUUCGCGGUCCUUCGCGAAUUUUAAGUCUUUGGUGCUUGUUAGCUGUGAAGGGUUCACCACCGAUGGCCUUGCAGCAAUAGCUGCUAACUGUAGGUUUCUUAGGGAGUUGGACCUUCAAGAGAAUGAAAUUGAUGAUCAUUCCGGCCACUGGCUUAGUUGCUUUCCUGAGAGCUGCACGUCACUCAUCUCCCUGAAUUUUGCAUGCCUCAAAGGAGAAAUUAGUUUAGCAGCUCUUGAGAGACUUGUGGCAAGAUCUCCUAAUCUCAAGAGUUUGAAGUUAAACCGUGCAGUGCCUUUUGAGGUGCUCCAAAAGAUAUUGAUGCGAGCGCCUCAAUUAGUGGAUUUAGGGACAGGGUCUUUUGUCCAUGAUCCUGAUUCUGAGACCUACAACAAACUGAAGACUACCAUUCUGAACUGUAAAUCAAUUAGGAAUUUAUCAGGGUUUUUGGAGGUUGCUCCUCGUUGUGUGCCAGCCAUCUACCCUAUUUGCUUGAACCUGACCACCUUGAACCUGAGCUAUGCUGCUGGGAUUCAUGGUUCUGAUCUCAUAAAGCUGAUUCGCCACUGUGUGAAACUUCAGCGCCUAUGGAUACUGGAUUGCAUUGGAGACAAGGGACUAGAAGUUGUAGCUUCCACUUGUAAAGAGUUGCAGGAAUUGAGGGUUUUUCCAUCUGAUCCCUUUGGGGUUGGUCAUGCUGCCGUAACAGAAAAUGGCCUGGUUGCUAUAUCCAUUGGUUGCCCAAAGCUUCAUUCAUUGCUGUAUUUCUGCCAGCAGAUGACGAAUGCUGCUCUUGAAACUGUAGCCAAGAACUGUCCGAAUUUUAUCCGCUUCAGGUUGUGCAUCCUUGAUCCUACAAGACCCGACCCUGUGACAAUGCAGCCAUUAGAUGAAGGUUUUGGGGCAAUUGUCCGGUCGUGCAAGCGUCUCCGGCGAUUGUCAAUGUCUGGCCUUCUAACUGACCAGGUCUUCCUUUACAUUGGAAUGUAUGCUGAGCAGCUUGAAAUGCUCUCUAUUGCAUUUGCUGGGGACAGUGACAAGGGCAUGCUCUACGUAUUGAAUGGAUGCAAGAAGCUUCGCAAGCUCGAGAUCAGGGAUAGCCCCUUUGGUAACGCAGCACUUCUAACGGACGUGGGAAAGUAUGAAACAAUGCGAUCCCUUUGGAUGUCGUCCUGUGAACUUACUCUUGAAGGCUGCAACACACUUGCGAAGAAGAUGCCAAGGCUUAAUGUGGAGAUCAUCAAUGAUCAUGAUCAGAUGGAUGUUGGGCCCGAGGAUGUGCAAAAAGUGGGUAAGAUGUACCUCUAUCGAACACUGGUCGGGCGAAGGAAAGACGCACCGGAAUUUGUUUGGACUUUGUAGGUCCAUUGGGGGCUUUCUUUUAGGUUGUGCGAUUUAUUUUCUUGUUAUCUAGUAGUUGUACUUUAUUUAGACCUUCUGAUUAAUGGAUUCUAGCACCUUUGGUGAGUUAGUGUUCUGUUAAUUGUUUUAUUUACAAGAGACUUGCUAUUUGUAACUUCGUUAUUAUAAAUAGAUUUGUGUUAGUAUUGGCAAAUUUAA